AUGAUGUUUAAUCUUCUCAAUGUUUAUGCACUUUUUUCUCUAUCAUUAAUGGUAGGAAGUCAUGCAGUGACUCCUGAAGUUUACUGGAAGUCUGUGUUGCCAAACAGUCCUAUGCCCAAAGCAAUCAAGGAUCUUUUAUACACUGCAGAAGAGAAGAACACCGAGGCCAGAGUUGGGAAACGCUAUGUAGGGGUGACACAUAAAACAGUAAUAUUAAUAUACUCUGUCCCCAUGGAUGAGCUCAAGGUUGAUCCAAACGAAGCGUCGUUUUUCUUGGAGAACGACUUGCAUGAAGGUACAGAAAUGAAGUUACAUUUCGUGAAAGACGACCAAAAAGCAGCCUUUUUACCUCGACAUGUAGCUGAUUCGAUACCCUUUUCAUCAAACAAACUUCCCCAAAUCUACAACAAGUUUUCGAUAAAGUCCAACUCAGUGGAAGCCAAAAGCAUGAAACAAACACUAAGCGUCUGCGAGAGCAAAGGCAUUGAAGGCGAGGAAAAAUAUUGUGCAACCUCGUUAGAGUCCAUGGUGGACUUCAGCACUAACAAGUUAGGUAAAAAAGUGAAAGCGAUCUCGACAGAGGUAAAUGCUAAAGGAAGUACCCCGUUACAAAAGUACACAAUCGAGGGCUCCAAGAAACUCGCAUCAGAUAAAGCUGUGGCUUGCCAUAAGCAAAACUACAUGUACGCUGUAUUUUAUUGCCACAAAACCGUUAGUGUUAAAGCGUAUGCUGUUUCUUUGGUGGGCGCUGAUGGUACUAAAGUGAAAGGGGUGGCGGUUUGCCAUACAGACACUGCGAAAUGGAACCCAAAACAUUUAGCGUUUCAGGUGCUGAAAGUGAAACCAGGAAGUGUUCCAGUUUGCCACUUUUUGCCUGAAGAUAACGUUGUUUGGGUUCCGUACUAAGAGACACAGCAGCAAAGUACGUUAAACUAAUACUAUGUAUUGUGUUUGUGUGCCUUUCCUGGACAAUCUAUAGGGU